AUGUUUACUGGUCAGAGAAUUAAGAAUUUUGCUGCUUCGAGGAGUAUUAGUAUGAUUACUUCGACUCCUUAUUAUGCACAGGCUAACGGGCAAGUAGAGGCAGCAAAUAAAAUUCUGAUAGGUUUGAUUAAAAAGCAUAUCGGGAAUAAGCCUCGAACAUGGCAUGAAACCUUAAGCCAAAAUGAUUUGCCAGUUGAUGAUUAUUGGAAUGCAAUGUUCGAUGAGUUAAAUGAAUUGGAUUCGGAACGAAUUCUGGCACUCAAUAAUGUGAUUCGACAAAAAGAAAUUGUUGCUCGAACUUACAAUCGUCGAAUUAAGGGACAUAUUCUGGAAAUGCCUAUCAAAUUAAAGAUAUCGAGUCAGGAAAAGUGA